UCAUGUCGACGGAGCGGCUCAUCGACGAGGGGGCCGCGGUGGCGGGGGCGGUCCCUCGGGCCGCGUCGCAGCGGCAGUGCCUCGAAUCGGACUGGAUUUUCGACGAGCUCCCCGCGGCCACCAUCGUCUCCGUGUCGCGGCCGGAGACCGGCGAGUUCAGCCCCAUGCUCCUCUCCUACACCAUCGAAUUGCAGUACAGACAGUUUAAGUGGCAUUUAUGGAAGAAAGCUUCACAAGUUCUCUACCUACAUUUCGCUCUGAAGAAGCGUGCCCUUAUUGAGGAAUUUUAUGAGAAGCAAGAACAGGUUAAAGAAUGGCUUCAAAGCUUAGGCAUCGUAGACCAGAUGGCUGUGGUGCCAGAUGUUGAUGAACCCGAUGAUGGAGCUGUACCUCUAAAUACUGAAGAGAGGUCUAAAGCAAGGAAUGUUCCAUCAAAAGCUGUUUUGCCCAUCAUACGCCCAUCACUGGGGAGGCAGCAGACAGUUUCAGACACUGCAAAGGUGGCCAUGCAGAAUUAUUUGAACCACUUUCUGGGGAACUUGGAUAUCGUAAAUUCUCGAGAGGUUUGCAAAUUUUUGGAGGUCUCUAAGUUGUCAUUUUCGUCGGAGUAUGGUCCAAAGUUGAAAGAAGGUUAUGUAAUGGUGAAGCAUUUACCACAACUCUCAAAGGACAAUAGAGAAAUAAGUUGUUGGCCUUGUCAGUGGUUUGGCUGUUGCAGCAACAGCUGGCAAAAGGUGUGGGCUGUUCUAAAACCUGGAUUUUUGGCAUUUCUGGAAGAUCCACUUGACACGGAACCCUUGGAUAUACUUGUCUUUGAUGUACUACCGGUCUUGCGAGGAAAGGAAAGUUCUGAUACAAAAGGAAGUUCUCGGUUAUCCUUGACUGAUCAGACAAAGGAACGAAAUCCUCUAUACUAUGGUUUCAAGGUUUCAUGUGGGAAUCGCUCCAUAAACUUGCGGACAACGAGUCCCGGUAAAGUCAGAGAUUGGAUUUCUGCCAUUAGUGAUGCUGCUCUAAAGCCUCCAGAAGGUUGGUGUCAUCCCCAUCGCUAUGGUUCCUUCGCUCCUCCUAGGGGUCUGAAUGAAGAUGGGAGUCAGGCUCAGUGGUUUAUAGAUGGGGAGGCAGCUUUUGGAGCAGUUGCUUCUGCAAUAGAAGAUGCUAAAUUUGAGAUAUUCAUUACUGGGUGGUGGCUUUGCCCUGAAUUGUAUCUGAGACGUCCUUUUGAUAAGCUUUCUUCCUCCAGGCUUGAUGCAUUACUAGAAGCAAAGGCUAAGCAAGGAGUUCAGAUUUACAUCCUUCUUUACAAGGAGGUUUCUAUUGCUUUAAAAAUCAACAGUAUGUAUAGUAAAAAGAAGCUCCUUGACAUCCAUGAGAAUGUGAAGGUGCUGCGAUAUCCUGAUCACUUGUCUACUGGAGUUUAUCUAUGGUCACACCAUGAAAAACUUGUCAUUGUCGACUACCAAAUCUGCUUUCUUGGAGGACUAGAUCUAUGCUUUGGCCGUUUUGACACCAUUGAUCAUAAAGUGGGCGAUUGCCCUCCUUCUAUAUGGCCUGGAAAGGAUUAUUACAAUCCCAGAGAAUCUGAACCAAAUUCCUGGGAAGACACAAUGAUGGAUGAGCUGGAGCGAGAAAAAUAUCCCCGCAUGCCAUGGCAUGAUGUACAUUGCGCUCUCUGGGGACCACCUUGCCGAGAUGUUGCUAGGCAUUUUGUCCAGCGCUGGAACCAUGCCAAGAGAAACAAAGCUCCAAAUGAGCAAACAAUCCCUUUACUCAUUCCUCGCCACUAUAUGGUCCUCCCUCAUUAUAUGGGAAGAAGCAGCGAGAUCAGCAUCAAAAGUACAAAUGCAGAAGAAAACCACCACGGCCAUAGCAGGCGUAACUCCUUUUCCUCAGAGUCACCACUGGAUGAUAUCCCGUUACUUCUACCACAAGAAGCUGAUCAGCAAAGCAGUUUUGAUCUUGACCAUAAGCCAAAUGGCCCCCAUGCACACCGGAAUCAUCAUGUCAAACCAUCCGUUGCUUGCGAAAGUCUUUUACUUACUUUCCUGAAGUCCAAAGCUGACGAUUCUGUUAAGGAUACUCAGAUGAAAGGUUUUGUUGAUGAAGUUGAUUGCCUCGAAUGUGAAAGAGAAAAUCUGCCCGAGGUUGCACAAUUUAGCACGAUACUUGUGGAUGAGCAGCGGGAGACUUCAGAUGAGGGUGACGAUGAUGUGGCAACUGGAGAUGGACAAGUCGGUCCACGCGUCACUUGUCGAUGUCAGGUUGUCAGGAGUGCAAGCCAGUGGUCAGCGGGAACAAGCCAAACAGAAGAGAGUAUUCACAAGGCUUGUUGUUCUCUUAUAGAGAAAGCGGAGCACUUUGUUUAUGUAGAGAAUCAAUUCUUCAUAUCAGGUCUUGCAAGGGAUGAGACUAUACAGAAUCGUGUUCUUGAUGCUUUAUACAAGCGCAUUUUGCAAGCACACAAAGAGAAAAACAGUUUCCGUGUUAUCAUUGUCCUACCUCUUUUACCUGGAUUUCAGGGAGGCAUUGAUGAUGGUGGAGCAGCUACAGUUAGAGCAAUUAUGCAUUGGCAAUAUCGAACCAUUAGCAGAGGAAAGACCUCAAUAUUGCACAAUCUCAAAGAAGCGCUUGGUGAUAAGACAGAAGACUAUAUUUCCUUCUAUGGUCUACGAUCUUAUGGUAGACUCUCUGAUCGGGGCCCCGUGGCAACAAGUCAGGUGUAUGUGCACAGUAAAGUCAUGAUUAUAGAUGAUCGGGUGUCCUUUAUUGGAUCCUCAAAUAUCAAUGAUAGGAGUUUACUAGGAUCAAGAGACUCCGAGAUUGGGGUAAUAAUUGAAGAUAAGGAGUUUGUGGAGUCAUCUAUUAAUGGAGAGCCGUGGAAGGCGGGAAAGUUUUCUCACAGUCUCAGGUGUUCGCUAUGGUCGGAACACUUAGGACUUCAUCCUGGAGAGAUCCACCAAAUAAAGGAUCCCAUUGCCGAUGCAACGUACAGGGACUUGUGGUCGGCAACUGCAAAGGCGAACUCCAAAAUUUACCAUGACGUGUUUGCUUGCAUCCCUAAUGACAACAUCCAGUCAAGAGCAUCAUUGAGACACAACAUGGCCCACUGGAAAGACAAGAUCGGGCACACCACUAUCGAUCUAGGAAUCGCACCCGAGAAGCUGGAGAGCACCGACGACGAAGACGCCAAAGAGACGGACCCAAUGGAGAGACUGAGAUUGGUCAGGGGGCAUCUCGUGACCUUCCCACUGGAGUUCAUGAACCAAGAAGAUCUGAGGCCGAUGCUGAUAGAGGGCGAGUUCUACGCAUCGCCGCAAGUAUUUCAUUAAGCAACAAAUACGGUAGCAGUUGUAGGAGAGAAAACAUUCGUAUUCAUACAUACUCAAAAAAGUUAGAUCAUUAUAGUAGGUCCAAGAAAUUGUAUAGUAAUUACAAAAGCAAUAAUUGGAGGGAGGAACGCUAACAUGGGAGUCGAGUCGACGAGUCUAACCAAAUGCCGCAUUGGCUGUGAUUCAAAGUCUGUACAAAUAGCAAGCAAAUUAAUCUAUGCAAUUUUUUUGAUAAUAUGUACAGGAAGUGUGUUUGUAUGAACAUGAGAUUGCCAUUGCUGCGUAAGUAUACACAAUCA